AUGCUCUGUCCUCACGAGCUCCACAGAUCUCCUUGCGAAAACCAUUGGCGGCGAAACAGAGCAGCCGAGAAGCAACGAACGAGAAGAAUGACACGAUCUUGCCGGCAAUGGAGAGUAGUGUCAAAGAGCACGAAAAUAGAAGAAGAGUCAUCGGGCACCAAAGCGGAGUCCGGGAAAGAGAGAGCGGAGCUCCGAUUUCAGGCGGGUAAAACUCCGGUAAGGAAGCUUCAUCGCGAAAUCGGAGCUGAGCGGAGGCCGGCGGCUGUCUUGGGAGUAGUGUCAAAGAGCGUUUUAAAUUAG